UGGCUGUUGAGAUAGAGGAACAUAUGACGUGGUGGUCCUCUUCACUUCCUGAAAAAGUAUGCUCAGUAGAAAGAGUUAUGUGAGAAGGACGAGACAGCCUGAACCUCAAUUUAAAGAUUUGGGGGGUAGGGAAAGGAUGAUUUCUGAAUAGCUGCAUGAAGUGUUUUCCAGUCUGGAUGAAAUGGCGUGGUAGGCAGUGGGUUUGCUGACCCGGGUUAUGGACGUGCUUUAUCUCCGCGGACUCCAAGUAUCAUCCCCCGUGAGAGACUUUGAUCGCAAAAAGGAGAUCAGAGCAGAGAAACAUGAGCAGCUACGAAGACGCACGAACGUGACGUCAUGCCGGAUUCCAACGAGAGACUACGACACAGCGCUGCUUAAACUCACACUGAAGAACAAGCGACAAGUGGAGUUUAUGAAGAGGAGAUCGCUGCCUCUGUUGCCCAUCACCCGAAGAGACUCUUUGUUCUCGAGCAUCUCCACCUGCUAUUCUUCAUCCUUUUCCUCUCCGUGGAACACGUCAGAUUGGAUUAGCCUGCAGAGCAGCCUCAGUGACGGUGGGCGCCCGGACACGGACGACCGCAUGAUAAUGAAGAUGAUGGUGCACGAUGAAGCCUCCACAGAAGUGAUUAAGGUGAAAAAGAGCGCGCAUGAAAUGGAGCGUGUCCACAAUGAUGCACACACUUCCCACAAAAGGAUGAGAGAAUCUUGUGUCCAGACAGAGUCAGGCCUUGUGACCAUCGAAGAAUCAGAUAUUCUGCAGUUACAGAACUACAUGGAGGAGGGCCUGUUGAGGGAGAUGGCCAUCAAGAAGAAAGUGGAAAUGCUGCAGCAGUGUUGCACACAGCUGCAGAAGACCUUGAGCACAUUACGGAAGGCUCACGGCAAUGAGGAUGUGCUGAGAAACAAGAUUAAGCUUCUGGAGACACAGCUGCAAGCUUGUCUUGAGAGGUUUCCCAAGGAGGUGUCAAAUAAACUGGCGCUCGAAAUUAAGAAGCAGAACAUAACGUUUGAAGAAGCGAUUGAGAAGGUCACCCAGGGGAAAGAGGAGGAACUCAGCAAAAUUGUCCCACUUAUGUCUUUGAAGAAUCCAGACAUUCAAUCCCAGGAAGCGCUGAAUACUGCAAAAUCGGACGUCCUGAGGCUGCAGAACCUUUACGAGGAGCUGUCUCUCACAAGUCAAAAACUUAGGCAGGAGCUGGAAGUAAGCAGUGAACGAACACGAGAGCAGGAAGUACAGCUUGAGCUGUCCAGGGCCAGAGAAACCACAUUGACUGAAGAGCUGGUGUCACUGAGACAACAGAAGAAUGAGCUGUUGUUCCAUAAAAGCCUCCAGGAGGAAUAUCAACAAUUUGUGAAGGACCAAAAGCAAAAUUUAAGUGACGGCAGCGUCGAGAGACGGGACGUGAGCAUUCAGAGCGCACCAGAAGAAAGAGAGACAUCUCCAAAAGGGGACUGCGACGUCGAGGAGAAGCUUCAUUACACUCAGGAGGAACUCCGCCUCAAAGAGAAGGAGUGCGAGGCCCUGCAGACUGAGCUGCAUACCAUGGAGCAAGAAUUUCUGUCAAGUCAGAAUCGACUGUCGCAGUGGAGGGAAGAACUUGGGCAACCUGGCCACCACCACAAAAAAGCCAUGUGGCGUGUAGCACGAUGGAGUCCGUGCUUGCUCCUCUUUCUGCUGCUGUUGCUGCUGUUGCUGCUCCUGCUGCUGUGGGUUGUGACCGGAUUUGCCAUAUUGCAGCCGUGGCGUCCACUUUUCGGGGAGAAACUAGAAGAAUUCUAUUUUGACAUGGGGAAACGAAUAGAGAAUUAUUUCUUGCAAAUGGUCUCCCCCAAAAAUUCAGGCUGUUUUAGGCCAGUGUGACCAUGUCACAGUUGGAGGAUUGUCGUCCUUCACUUUUCAAAUGUCUAACAUUUAAAGGUUUUUGUGUUAGUUGUUGAUAUUUUCUAGAAAUGCAAAUGUGUGUGAUAAUAAAUAUAUAUUUUUUACAAUAAAA